GAGAUUGGCCCACCAACAUUCUCAUGGGCUCCCCGCCUGGCGGAAGGCUUCACAGAACGGCCACGCAUACGUAAGGACAAUAAGCGUUACGCCCUUGAAUUUCUUGACUCAAACCCUAGGCUCCAUAUAUAUGGGUGGUUGUGGCACCGCUAUGAGACCCUUGAUUUUUCUGAUUUUGCCGAAAUAUUCAAGAAAAGAUUAUCGAACAACCCAGCCGACACCAAAAACAGUUCCAGCCUGGAUGAAAAAUGGGGGAUGACUACCGCCAACCAAUUAGACUGUUUUUGGGAUCUCAUUCGGGAACUUCGAAAUCGACAACUGAGUACUGUUGCCGAGGCCUUGUGGAUUUCACUCUUAAUGUUCAACAAAACUGCGGAGCACAUAUUAGGCAUCGCGGAACGAGACACCUCACCGAGUUCCCUAGAUCCUAGAGAUGAUGACAAAUUACUGCUUAGCAUCCAUGAUAUAUCAUUGGAAAAAUUCAAGAACCUCUUGCUCCUCGGACCCGAGUCAACGCAAGUUGUCUUCACCCCUUAUUAUUGGAUGGUACAGAAUAUAAUUGCAGGCGAUGCAAUCAAUCUCUGGAAAUUCAAUGACACGCAUCUGAGCGAUUCCGACGACAUGGCACAAUCUACAUCUGGACCACAAUACGCCUUCUUUAACGAUUACCACUCGAAGUAUCUCUUCACUCCAUUCACACAAAGCACUGCACCUAGAAUUCCGCCCAUGGCCCUCAUGGAUGAGCAACGACUACUCUCCUGGCCCGUGAGUGUGACUGAUGGUUCGGAUGAUGGAUUUGGAGUUUGCAUAAAGGUGGAUCGUGUUGGUUUUGAUAAGGACCCUACAUACUACUAUAGGGUUACUCAUUAACACAUUAUCUCACGGAUACAUUUCAUUUAAGC